CCUCUAUCCACCUUAACCUCACCAUCCUCUCUUCACACUCUCUUCUUAACACUUCUCUCUCAAUUUUUUAAGCAUGUCUGGCGUUUGGGUCUUCAAGAAUGGGGUGGUUCGGCUGGUGGAGAACCCGGGGGCCGACUCGUUGGACGGGAGCCGACACCGGAAGAUGCUUGUCCACGUGCCAUCCAAUGAAGUGAUCACUUCUUACUCAGUUCUUGAGAGGAAGCUUAUGAUGCUUGGGUGGGAGAGGUACUAUGAUGAUCCUGAUCUGCUUCAGUUCCACAAGAGGUCUACUGUUCACCUCAUUUCGCUUCCCAAGGAUUUCAACAGGUUUAGGUCCAUGCACAUGUAUGACAUCGUUGUCAAGAACCGUAAUGUGUUUGAAGUUAGAGAUAUGUAGGGGCUGGCUCUCGUAUCAUGUGUGUGUUUAGUUUGAGUUGAUGCAUGGUUUGUGAAUUGUGAGUUGUUGUGGUUGUGCAUGUAGUUUUGAUUAAUUUAUUAGCAUUAGGGAUUUAAUAUCGAUUUCUCGUGUGUACUGUUAUAAAAAGAGAGGAGAGCUGCUCGUGUGAUUUGAUCAUGCUAUUGUAUUGUAAAUUACUGCAUAAUGAGAAUUGCUUUUCAUGUGUGCUUCAA